AUGGAGAAAAAACUGGUAGCAGUUGAUGAGUUUCUCAUCAGCCUAGUUGGAAAUGGAGUUCUUAUUGUCUGGAGUUUUGGAGAAUGGAUCUGAAAAUUCAAGGGAUUCUCACAUAACUUCAUUUUUCUGAGCCUGGGUGGUUGCUGGUUUCUCUCGAAAUGGCUGAUACUAUUGUACUUAAGCCUUCCUCCAUUUUUCCAGAACCACCAUUACUAUCUGAAUGACUUCUGGGUCUUGGUAAGCUGAGCCAGCCUGUGAUUUUUCACUUUCCACACUGUCUUCUACUAUAAGAUCACCCUACCUACUUCUAGUAGGACAGCAGUGACAAAGGUUCCUUUCACUGCCCUUGUUUUACCUAGUUUAUGUCUGAUACUCAUGGCUGCCUACCCUUCUCUUCAUUCCAUCAUACUGAUCAUGGGGAUUCCAUGUUAGAAAAUCCUGUGGAAGACAGACUGUGCUUAAAGAACCUGGGGUUUAUGA